AUGGUCUUCAUUGAUUCUUUUGCGAGCAUACACCGGGCAAAGUCGUCUACUUACACGCCUCAACCCUUCAAGAUUUCGUCCAUCGACGACAACGCUACAAUGGACUCGACCGUGAGCAAGCGCCACUCGAGUCCGUUCCCUUCUUUGCAUCUGUCUCCAGCAAAUGCCGUGGAACUUGAAUCGCUGGCUCAGAAAUUGGUCGGACGGAACAUCAACGCGUACGAAAGUUUCCUCCUUGACAACCAUAACAAAGUGAACGAGUCGCAAUGGCGCUUUGUGUCGUCAAAAGAUGACCUGCGAGCUUAUGUGGAGCUGCCUUCUCGUGCAAAAGAGUCGCCACAUUCGUAUAAAGCAGAUACCCCGGUCGCCGAUUUACCAGUGGUCAUGAUCACAGGGACCAUCCUUGGCAACCUGGACGACGUCAUGUACGGCGUCGCUUGCCCUACGACCGAUCAAAUGCGAAUCAAGACGUCGUACGUCCACAGCGACAUUCCCCGCAGCUGUGUGCUCUCGACUCUUGUGUAUCCAACACAUGAGAACCCUUUCGACUCAGUCUGUAUCAAGUGGGUAGAGGUCCAAGUCCCGUUAGCCGUACGUCCGAUGAUCAAACACCGCGACUUUGUUUAUAUGGAGACUACCGGGAUCGACCAACUUCGGAAUGGAGAACGGGUGGGGUACCACAUUGCCCACUCGGUGCAAUUCCCCGAGACGCCGCCUUUUGACACGCAUAUUCGAGGCAAUAGCUCAAUAUGUGUCUUGUAUCGUCAACGAACGAAGAACGUCACGGACGUGUUCAUCAAGGGGUUCUUCAAUCCAGCUGGAGGUAUCAUGCGGACAAUUUUGGUCCAUUCGGCAGCUCGAAUGCUGCUCACGGUGGCAAAGGACAUGUACUGCAGUCAAAAGAAGAAGCUCGUGUGGGCUCUGCGGGGACGAUAUAAGGACGAGAGUUCGUCUUCUAGCUCCGGUAGCAUGGACGGUUCCUCGAGUCAACCUAAGGACGACAAGAGCUGCUCCGGGUGUGGUAAGAAACAGUCUCUUUUCGUGCAAGCGGCGAGCCGCACGGAUCGAGGUGCUAAGCUCUUGCAGAUGAAAAGACAUUGCAAACUCUGCAUGCGCUACAUGUGUGUGGACUGCAGGAGGCAGCACCGAUUGUCCUUCUUGUUGCCGGACCAGCGACUCGUCCAGCGACUGGUGACGAUCUGUCGGAUGUGUGAGAUCGAAACGCUUGCCGAAAGCGCGGCUGGCGUCGCGCGAGAUGAGUUGGUACUGAACAAUUUCAGACGGCGAUGGGAUAGCACUGAUGUCUUGAACCGAACGACCAUGUCUGUCUAG